AUAGGUUUAUCUUGUGACCGCGGGCGCCGCGUCCUGUCGGUUCGAGCUUGGAACCUGGUUAUCCGCGAUGCGUUUCCUGGACGCUGCAUUUCUGCUCCUGGCGCUCAGCACCGCCGCCCAGGCCGAGCCCGUGCAAUUCAAGGACUGCGGUUCUGUGGUUGGAGUUAUAAAGGAAGUGAAUGUGAGCCCAUGCUCCACCCAGCCCUGCCACCUGAGCAAAGGACAGUCUUACAGCAUCAAUGUCACCUUCACCAGCAAUACUCUAUCUAAAAGUAGCAAAGCCUUUGUGCAUGGCAUCAUAAUGGGCGUCCCAGUUCCCUUUCCCAUUCCUGAGCCGGAUGGUUGUAAGAGUGGAAUCAGCUGCCCCAUCCAAAAAGACAAGACCUACAGCUACCUGAAUAAAUUACCCGUGAAGAGCGAAUACCCCUCCAUAAAACUGGUGGUGGAGUGGGAACUUCGCGAUGACCAAGACCAACGUCUCUUCUGCUGGGAAAUCCCGAUACAGAUCCAAGGCUAGAGCUAUUUGGUGCCAAUAUAUCUAUCCGGGGGUGAGAGGGUAUGGGUAGAGGGAAGGAGGAAGUGAGGGAAAAAUUCAGACCUGAAACUAAAUCAGUGCGUAAGAUGAAAGGAAUUGCAAGACUGCUGUUUUAUGCCUCUCAACUUCUAAAAGCAUUUAAGACCCUAUUUCCUGAGAGCUCAGAACUGUUGUCUUUGUAAUAUCCUUUGUGAAAAGGUUGAAGGGAAGAAGAGAGAGUGCAACUGUAGGCAUUUAAUUGUCUUCAUUUUUUUUUUUUUUUUUGGCUGUUGGAAUAAGGAAGGCCCAAGUGGACAGGACCUGAGGGAGGUUGCUUAAGGCUAUCAGAUGACUUGCCCUGGGGUUAUGGCCCUCCCAGUGGAGGGUGGGUUCCACUUCCCUGUGGCUGGGACGGUACCUCUACAAGCUCCUCAUCUCUAAGUGCCUCAUUGAGUUCAGUGCUUUUAGCCAAUGAGUCUGCUGACUCUUGACAACACCUCUCUUGGCCUCCGCUGCUUCAACGGUGACUUGCUGUCCAGUGGUGUCCAGUGUCAUUGGAGAGGAGGUGUCCUACAGCAGGAGUUCAGCUCUGGAUGGCUGGUUCUCUGCAGUUGUCUCGUGUCUCUUUUUCUACCUAAACGCAGCACUGGGUUAGCAGAUGUUUGAUUUUUUUUUAACAACAUUAACUAACUUGUGGUCUCUUUUUGCACCUGGAAAUGUAUCUUUGAAUAAAUAAAAACUCACCAGUCUUGUCUUCUGCA